CUUUUUAUUAAUUAUAAAUACACCGACGAAACAAGCCCUUAUGAAAUAUGAAGUGUAUGUAAUGUUGAUAAUAUUAAUAUUUCAUUACUGUUCUUGCAUGUCCCACGCUUGUAGUUGUAGACCACAUUUUCAUUUGUUCCAGGGUGGUUCUAACUUCUUCAUUGAUCUAUUUAAAUAUCCAAAGACAGAACUAAUUCUUCACAGCACCAAGUAGUAAAGCAAUCAAAAGCUUGAAUCUCUAUUUACCAAAAAAUUGUCUUGAAUCUCAGCAUUCAACUUGUUAGCCUCAACACAUUUUCAGUUUUGAUUUUUAAGAGACGAUAAAUGGCUUUGGUGAGAAGUCUUUUGGGUGCAAAGAAGAUCCUGAGUCGCUCUGUAACGGCUACUACACCAAAAGGGUUUCUUGCCGUAUACGUUGGCGAGGAUCAGGUCCAGAAGAAGAGAUACAUAGUCCCUGUCUCAUAUUUGAACCAGCCAUCGUUUCAAGCUCUGCUCAGUAAAUUUGAAGAAGAGUUUUGUUUUCAUCAUCCGAUGGGUGUCUUAACGCUCCAUUGUCCUGAAGAUGCCUUCAUCAACGUAACUUCUUGGCUAAAGGGAAAGUGAUCCGAAGAGAAGAGAGAUCUAACGUUAUGUAGUUCGAGUUAGAAUGAUUCAAUGUAAACAGGUCAACCUUCUUUGUGAGAAACGAGUUGUUCAAGAUAUUACAAAUCUCAAUGUGAAUUGUUAAUUUUAUUGUCAUUAAAGCUGUCUAUGCGAAUUGCAGAAAGCUUUCUUAAAAUUAUAAAUCCAUCUUAAAUUUGGGAUUCUUAAAGAUAGUAUUCAAGUCUUUGGAUUGCUUGAGUGUUAAUGAAAUGAAGUGUUUGUUCUGA